AUGCCAAUUUGGACAGUCCUCUUGAGCAGCCAGGUUCCCUGCUGUAGCCUCCUUAAGCGAGCUUUGUAUCACAUCUGGUUCGGAUGUCUCUUCAUCCUCAGUUCCCUGCAGUUGUGGCAGGUGGCUUUGAAGAGGCUGGGUGGCCGCUUUGGCACUGGUGUGCUCUCCUACUUUCUCUUCAUCAGGACUCUUCUGCUCUUCAACGUCUUUCUCUUCCUCAUCAACGGCCUGUUCCUGGUCCUCCCCCAGGCCAUCCACCCGCCCCUUCACACCCCCAGCUCCCACAGAGUGACAGGCCUGGAGCUGUUCACCGGCACGGGUUAUCUCUCAAACUCUCUAAUGUUUUAUGGCUACUACACCAACUCCACCAUCAACACCAGUUGUAGACCUGAUGAAAUCACCGCCGGGACUGGCUGCGGCACCACCAGUGACCCUCACAUGAUGGCCUACAACAUUCCCUUAGCCUACUGCUUCACCAUCGGCAUAACAUUCUUUAUCACCGGCAUCGUCCUCGUUUACAGCAUGUCCAAGUCCUUUGGGAGGAGUUUCCGUGUGUUCAAGUCUCAGGGAAACAUGGCCAUAAAGGUCUUCUGCUCCUGGGAUUUCAAAGUCAGCAAGAAGAUGUCUGUCAGGAUGCAGUCGGAGAACAUCACCACCCAGCUCAAGGAGCUGUUGUCAGAGGUGAAAGGCGGAGAGGAGGAGAAGGGCAGGCUGUCUGGGAUGGCGGUGCACCUGCUAGCAUGGAGCAUUUCUCUGGGGAGCACCUUCUUCUGUGCACUCGGCAUCCACUGCUUUGCCAAGUACAUGCACCUGAAUUCUACUUUGAGGAGACAUGAGGAUGCAGAGGGGGAGGUCAGUGUGGUGCAUGAGGCUCGUCUGCUGGCUUUGCCUGGGGUUGUGUCCGUGGGGAACCUCCUCCUCCCUGGUCUCUUCAACCUCGUGUCUUGGAUGGAGAAUUUCAACUCGCAUUUACGUCUCUAUGUUUCCAUAUUCAGGAACCUACUGCUGAAGGUGAGCAUUCUUGGUGUACUGUGCUACCAUUGGCUGGGGAAAAUUGCAGCUGAACCAGAGCAACAUGGUCUGCAGUGCUGGGAGAGCUUUGUUGGUCAGGAGCUGUAUCGUUUCCUGCUCGUGGAUUUCAUAUUCACGGUUCUCUACACAGUCUUCGGAGAAUUUAUAUGGAAGCGGUUUUCUCAAGGAGUGCUGAGGAGGAGGAGGAAGCCAGUGUUUGAUAUCGCCCGUAACGUACUCGAGCUCAUCUAUGGGCAAACCCUCACCUGGCUAGGCUUGCUCUUCACUCCUUUACUGCCAGCUGUGCAGAUCCUCAAGCUGUUGUUGUUGUUCCAUAUGAAAAAGAGCAGCCUACUGGUGAACUGCCAGGCAUCCAGGAAGCUGUGGAGAGCCAGUCAGAUGAGCACCCUCUUCAUCUCUCUGCUGUGUUUCCCCUCUUUCCUCGGGGCCAUCGUGUCUGUGACCUACACCAUAUUGACGAUUAAGCCCUCCUCUGGCUGUGGUCCUUUCAGGAACCUCCCCUUCAUGUUCCACUCAGCCAAACAGUGGGCCCAGGAGCUGAAGAGUACCAACCACAAGCUGGCCUGGCUCAACUGGGUACACCGCUGCUUGGUGGAGAACCCCCUCUUCCUGUUCCUGUUGGCAGGUGUCUUUCUAAUGGUCAUUUACAUUCACACCCAAGUUUUAGACGGCCAAAGGAAAACAAUCAGUCUGCUACAGGAGCAAAUAGAAAAUGAGGGGAAGGACAAGAAGUUCUUAAUUACUAGUCUGCAGGCCAUCCAUGAGAAGAGGCAGUAUCCACUGUCCCCUUCCUCCAGGCCUCAGCCACAGGGCAGUGAGGUUUAAUAUGUUUUAGUGGAAGAUUAAAUUAUUCCAGAGUAUUCAUUGGAUGCUGCAUGUUAAAUUUUGGACUCCCAUCACAUCAAGGAUAUUUGGCUGCUAUCAACCAGUCAAAGUGAACUCAAAGUGGAGUGAUGUGUGUGUGUGUGUGGUGAAGGACAUUGAGACAUUUCUUGUAGAAUGUAACUAUGACUGAUAUGUGUUCAAGACUAUCGGAAUGUAAAGUAACUGAGGUUGAUAUCUAUUCAAGACUAUCAGAAUGUGAAGUAACUGAGACUGAUAUGUAUUCUAGACCAUCAAAAUGUGAAGUAACUGAGACUGAUAUGUAUUCAAGACCAUCCGAGG